UGACAUUUUAGUCAUGGACAUUGUCACUCAAGAUUUUGCUGGGCUGUGCACAUAAAAACCUUCAAAACCUCUGUUCGGCUCGCCGGAAAAAUCAUCGCCGACGACAUUUCCGGCGAAUUUACGGAUGUGUGCUACUUUGCGCCUUACGCGCAUCAAUUUCAAGGUAAGUCAUUUUCCCCUGUUUCCGACAACCUUGUACACUUCACAACUGCUAGUUUUACACACACACAAAAAUCUAAACCCUAAAGUUUCCAGCUUUUCUACUGAAAGCUCAUAUUACAGUUCAAAUUCAUCAGUGUCUACAAAGGGGUUUGAUUUUCUUGAACAGUUUUCCCCUGUCAAGAAUUUAUCAAAAUCUUGUACUUACACUGUCAUUACCUCAAAUGAGAGGCGUAAAAUUGUUGUGGGGUUGUCAAGAAUUAUAAAAGAUGAAAAAGGUUACCUUUUGGAAGCAUUUUCAAGAGAUUUUUGCCCAUCUAUUUUGGUAAAGAUUAUGAAGUUGUUUGAUGAUAGAGAAGUUGCAUUUGCAUUUUUUAAGUAUGUUGUUCAAGAUUAUUCUGAGAGUACAGUGAAGUCAUGUUGUAUUAGUGCUCAUUUUUUGGCGGCUGGGGAUUUGAGGUUUUUGGCACAGGAUAUGCUUUCUUGGAUCAUUAGGAGGAUUGGGAAAUGUAGGAGUGAUGAAGUUGUGGAGUUCAUGUGGAGGGAGCAUUAUAAGUAUGAGUGUAACUUUUCGGUUCUUGAUACAUUAAUGCGGGCUUUUUUAACCGCAGAAAUGGUUUCUGGUGCAUUAGAGAUUUGGAGUAAGAUGAGAGACAAUGGAUUGUGGCCGGGUAGGUCGGCUAUCAGCAUCCUAUUUAAGUUGUUGCUUAAGAUUGGUGAUUAUGGUAGUGUCUGGAAGUUAUUUCAGGAUAUGUUGCAUAAAGGGCCUCGUCCUACUAUCGAUAUCUUUAAUGUAAUGAUUCUUGGAUAUUGUAGAAAAGGUAGACUUCAAACAGGAGAAAGUUUAUUUCAUCUGUUGAGGAAGUUUGGAUGUGAGCCAGAUGUUAUUACAUACAAUAUUUUGAUCAAUGCAUACUGUAUUAGGGGAUGGACUUCAGAUGCAUUGGACUUGGUGCAGAUGAUGGUCGAAUAUGAAUGUAAUCCCAGUAUCCCUACCUUUAGUACGGUUAUCAAUGCUCUAUGCAAGGAAGGCAACGUGGUGGAAGCCAGAAAAUUGUUUGACGGAAUGCAAGAGGUGGGUGUCUUUCCUAGCACUGUCACAUAUAACGUUCUGAUGGAUGGCUACGUUAAGGCACGGGAAAUUUUUCAAGCAAGUAUGCUAUAUGAAGAAAUGAAAAAGAAGGGUGUAGCUCCAGAUGCUAUAACUUUUAACAUUUUGGUGGCAGGUCACUAUAAGUAUGGUAGGGAAGAGGACGGCGACCGAUUAUUAUGGAAUCUAACAGCGGAAGGACUUUUUCCAGAUUACUUAUUCUCCGAUGUAUCUAUUGCAGGAUUGUGUUGGACAGGAAGGUUGAACGAGGCUGUGGCAUUGUUGAAUAAUCUGCUUGAAAAGGGGUUACCUGUUAGUGUAAUAGCUUUUAAUUCCAUUAUUGCUGCUUACAGCAAAGAAGGGUUAGAAGAAAAAGCAUUUGAAGUCUAUAAUAUUAUGGUUCAAUUUGGUCAGACUCCUUCAGCUUCCACAUGCGCUUCUCUGCUCAUGGGUUUGUCAAUGACAGGGAAGCUGCAAGAAGCAAGAGAUUUAAUGGCUAAGAUGAUCGCGAUGUCCUUCCCUAUAAACAGAACUGCUUUCACCGUGCUUCUGGAUGGGUAUUUUAAGAAAGGGGAUGUAAUGGGAGCUAGAACACUGUGGGAAGAGAUGGAAAAUAUGGGAAUCGCUCCUGAUGCUGUUGCUUUUUCUGCAUUGAUAGAUGGGCUUGUUAAAGCAGGAUCUGUUGAAGAUGGGUAUGAUGCGUUUUUUCAGAUGAUUAGGAAAGGCCUCGUGCCAAAUAAUUUUGUUUAUAAUUCUCUAAUUACUGGUUUUUGUAAUAGCGGAAACAUGAAUGAAGCUCAGAAAUUAGAGAGGGACAUGAGGGAAAGGGGUCUUUUCCCAGAUGUCUUUACAAUUAAUACCAUCAUUAAUGGUUUUUGCAAACAGGGAAGAAUGAGAUUAGCUAUUGACAGUUUUGUGGAAAUGCAACGAAGUGGUUUACAACCUGAUAUCGUUACAUAUAACACCUUGAUCAAUGGCUUCUGCAAGGCAUUCGAUGUGGUUAAUGCGGAUAACUUUAUGACAAGAAUGUAUGCCAGUGGAUGGGAACCUGAUAUCACAACCUACAAUAUAAGACUUCAUGGUUUCUGUAGUACUAGGAGGAUAAAUCGAGCUGUUAUGAUGUUGGAUGAGCUUGUAUCUGCUGGUGUGGUGCCAAAUACAGUUACAUACAACACUAUGAUGAAUAGUGCUUGCAAUGACAUAUUGGACCGUGCAAUGAUUUUGGCUGCAAAGUUGCUUAAGAUGGCAUUCAUCCCAAACACUGUUACAGCUAACUUACUACUUUCUCACCUAUGGAAGCAGGGACUACCUCAGCGGACCUUGAUUUGGGGGCAGAAAUUGAGCGAAAUUGGUUUAGAGUUUGAUGAAAUAACGUAUAAAAUAUUGGACAAAGCUUCUCAUUAUAUACAAGAAAACGCAGAAUAUUGUACAGAAACAACAGAAAAGAGUCUCUUUCUAGACUUCCUCAUGUACAUUACCUAUGACUACAUACGUAGAAGCAGGGUUUAUAAAGAUAAUAAUGACAGCUCUUUUGAACUAGUUGAGGAUGGACCUUGUGGGUCCUUCAAGUUAGUCAAUAAAGCAACUGUGUAGCCAAUCUGAUGAAAGAGCAAGAAACUUAAAUGACUAUCAGCCCUGAAAUUCUUUUGGAAAGGACAACAGAAAAACCUACUGAAAGACCCAAUGUGGCUUCAGUAACUUUCUCAAAGGCUAAAGAAGCUUGGAUCCUUUAGAACCAAUGAUGCUUCCUGACCUGAAGUUGGUUACCGCAUCAUGAAGCUGCAGUUUCUA